UCAUGAGUUGGUGUAUGGGGUUGCGAGUGCAUGUUCCAGCAAUACCUUUGUUCUUAUUUUUGCACAACUAACGGCUAGGUAUGGCGUGGCCGUACGUGGGUUUGCUCUGCGUCCUCAUAUGUCUUCAGUCGACGCAGGCAAGCACGGACGUCACUGACUGCCCCAAAACUUUAGAUGGCAAGUCGACGCAGGAAAUCACGGACAACACUGGCUGCCCCAUAGCUUUCGAUGGCAAAUGUAAAUGUGGGCUGAGCAGAUACCCCAACAGCCCUCACCUGCCCGACGCCAAGAAGCGGUACAUCGUGAACUGCACCAACACGGGCUUCACCAACGCCUCAAUGCUCACGUGUCUCCCAAUCGAAACGGAAGUGCUAAUUUUCACUGGCAACAGAAUUGGUCCAUUACCCAAGAAUGUUUUAGGGAACACUAAAGACUACGACGACCUCGAAAUCAUGGAUCUUUCCAACAACGGCAUCACCUUCAUCCCCGGCAAAGCUUUCCACAAGGUGUUCAACGUACGCACACUUAUCUUGAACCACAACGACAUUGAGAUCAGUGAGCGUGAGAGGCCUCGAGUCUUCUAUGGCUUUGAGAGUUUGGAGAACUUGCACCUCACCAAUGCCUUCACCGAGUCCGUGAAUUCAUCGUUCUACUUGCUGAGCUUGGAGGAUAUUUUCUUCGAGAGCGACUUGCGGUUACUCGUCAAGCUUCAUUUGGAACAGAAUGAGAUCUACACCAUCGGCAGAAAUGCCAGCAUAUUUUGUCAACUACCGUCGUUGAAUCACCUUUAUCUUGGAGACAAUCGCCUUUCGGACAUGGACUUUAGGCUCGACUGUAUGCCGGGAUUGACAUACGUUGACCUGCAGCGUAACAACAUCAACCGAUUAUCCUCCGAAGCAAUUUCUACUAUCGAGCAAUUUUCUCGUCAGUCAAACUUCACCAUCGAACUCCGGAAGAAUCCAUUCAUUUGUGACUGCUACAUAUGGUCCUUCGUUUCUUGGUUGAAGUCAACCAAAGUCGUAUUGAGAGAUUCGGAUGAUUAUAAAUGCGCUGAAGGGAUAUCAGACACGCUCAUAGGAAAGACACUCAAGAAUUUGGAUAAAAAUCAGCUCCAGUGUCCAACGCGUCCCGUCCACAUAGAAGAGAAGUCUUCAUCCACUUCUGCUGUAGCGACAUUAUCCUUCAUUUUGGCUUUUGUCACGGCUAUUUUGCUAGCCAUUGUUUACUAUCAGCGAAUGAAAAUUAGGAAUCACGUCAUGCCAUACUACGAGUACGUCACGAGGAAGAUUGGCUACAGUGGACUGGCUAGCGAAGAAGCUCCGAAAGUUGUGGCGGUUUGAAAUCCUUAAAUAUUAAUACAGGAAAGCACUUGAGAGUGGUAACUGGUAAGUAUCCUGCCUAGUCGCGUGUUUCACAUUCACUAAGCUGACUUGAUCGAACGCGAUGCAUGUGAUCAUGAAUGAAGAUUCAAUACUUAUAAAAUUAUGAUAUGUUGUUAUUUACAGCAACGACCGCCUAACAGGUAGGUAGAAGUUCAACGAAUAUUUCAAGUUCCUUUUAAAGUUUAAAACAAGGUUGGGCAAAAUAGAGCGGGUGGGCCACAUGCCGAACGUUUGCAUGUUCACGAAAUGAUUUUAUGUAGUUUUUAAUUUUAUAGUUUAAUUGCUUCUCCCAUAAAAUUUUUUACUUC